GAGGGCCUGGAUAGAUAGAUGAAACUGUAUUUAUACAGUGUGUUGGACACUCUGGAUGCGGUUAUCUCUCAGUGGACUGAUUAUUCCUGUUGAACAUCGACUACUAAUGCUCGGAUAUGUGUUGUAGUGGAUCUGACUGGAGGAGGCUAGAAGGAGGCGAGUCCAUGACACCAUGAGUCCUCCAGCUCUUCCCGUGGUCUUCUGCUGUUGUCACAGGAAAAUCUGGUUGCAUUCAGCCAGCGGGAGGCAAACACAUCUCCAUCUUCCACCCAGUUAUCAUCUUCCCACGCAUCCUAUGGAAGGACAAGCAUAAUGAAUAGAUACACCACCAUCAGACAGCUCGGGGAUGGCACCUACGGCUCAGUCAUCCUCGGCCGCAGCCUGGAGUCGGGAGAGCUGGUUGCCAUAAAGAAAAUGAAAAGAAAAUUCUACUCCUGGGAAGAAUGCAUGAACCUCCGUGAAGUCAAGUCAUUAAAGAAACUCAACCACGCUAAUGUGAUCAAACUUAAGGAGGUAAUUCGAGAAAAUGAUCACUUGUACUUUAUAUUUGAGUACAUGAAGGAAAAUCUCUAUCAGCUAAUGAAAGACAGGACUCGACUGUUUCCUGAAUCUGCUGUGAGAAAUAUCAUGUUUCAGAUACUGCAGGGGCUCACGUUCAUUCACAAACACGGGUUUUUUCACAGGGACAUGAAACCUGAGAAUCUCCUGUGCAUGGGCCCAGAGCUGGUGAAAAUAGCUGACUUCGGGCUCGCCCGUGAAAUCAGAUCUCGACCUCCGUACACAGACUACGUCUCGACCAGAUGGUACAGAGCCCCAGAGGUGCUCCUCAGAUCCACAUCCUACAGCUCACCCAUAGACCAGUGGGCGAUCGGCUGCAUCAUGGCAGAGCUUUACAGCCUCAGGCCUCUAUUCCCAGGCUCCAGUGAAGUGGACACCAUAUUCAGAGUUUGCCAAGUCUUGGGUACGCCAAAGAAGAAUGAUUGGCCGGAGGGAUUCCAUCUGGCAAGUGCUAUGAAUUUCCGUUGGCCUCAGUGUGUUCCAUGUAAUCUGAAGACACUGAUCCCAAAUGCCAGUCCUGAAGCCAUUCAUCUGAUGACAGACCUGCUCCAGUGGGAUCCCAGGAAGAGACCAGCUUCUGCCCAGGCUCUCAGGUACUCUUACUUCCACGUGGGCCAAGCCUUGGGCACCCCUCAGCAGAUCCUGGAGCAGGGCAGACCUCAGCCGGGCCUCGUGCCGCUGCAGGCUCCUUUACAGUCCCAACAGUCGCUGCAGCAGCAACCCCUGCUGCUCAAGCCGGUGCCGCCCUCCCAGCCUCCGCCUCACAACCAACACUGCCCCCCCUCCAGGCCUCUCCAGCAGAUCCAUCCCUCCCCUGUAUCUGCAGCUGCCCAGGCGGCAGUGUACCAACGGCACACGGAGCUGGUCCGAGAGCAGCAACCGAAGCACAUCCUGAAGCAGGAACAGAGCGGAGGAACGCCACAGAGCCAUCUUCCUUACAUUGUUGACAAGAGUCUCCAGAGCAAGCAAACAAGACAGGAGUCAGAAAAAGCAAACCUACUGAGCUAUCAGCUGAAACCUAAAGGAGGCCGGCGGCGCUGGGGCCACGGCACAGGACACCUUAAAGCAGCAGGUGAAGACUGGGACGACUACGAAGAAACCGACCUGACAUCCAUAAGUAUUCUUGGAAAAAGUAACUUCUCCACAGAGAAGUCGAGGCAGGGGGAGGACGCGCUGAGCAGAUAUGGAAACGUUCUGGAUUUCAGUCGACCCAAUGGAAAGGAAGAUGCACCUUUAAACCUGAACAAGAGCACAGCCUAUCAGGAGCCAUCGAGAACCGCUUCUGCCAAACAUCAUUACUUGAGUCAGUCACGAUAUUUACCAGGCAUUAUCACAAAGAAGAAUGUGGCCAUUAACGCCAGUAAAGACUUCACUGGAAGCCAUCUUUGGGGCAACAGCAGUAUUCCAUUUGGAGGGACUCUGCCGAGCAGAGGCGCUCACGGUACAAAUACAAUCCCAGGUGGAUACAUGCCGUCGUUUUACAAAAAAGACAUCGGUUCUGCCGGUCACGGGGGGCACCAGGGUCCUUCAGUGGAAUCAACAGCAUCAAAUUAUGCAACGUGGCAGUCUGGCCGGAGUCCCAUGAACACGUCUACCAACAGGCCGUUGGCCAACAAGAGCACCCCCGGUCUGCUGCCUCGCCCGCCGGUACAGAGCAUCCACCGGCGAACAGACUGGUCUGCCAAAUAUGGACACCGCUAGUGCCCCGUCUGGAGCUCUGAUCUGAGCUCCCUAGACAAACUCUUUAACCUCCAAAGAGUAGGCCUAGUUGUUUUAUAAUACAAAUCUGUGCAUACAUCUUACACAGCAAUAACAAUAUGUUUUUUCAUUAUGUGUACUAUGGAUGUUGUGAGUUGUAAAAUAUCUAAGUGUAUGUGUAUAUUUAAAUGCAACCGGCCAAAAUUUGAGCCCAGAUUUGCUCCUCAGUGUUUUCAUUUUGUAUUUCUGUAACAUAGCUACUGUUCUACAGAGGUCACAGCCUCAGUUUUUGUAUCGGAUUUAUCAUUGAAUGUUCACCAACUGUAUACAUGAUAUGCAUAUUAUAAUUUUAUGAAAACUUCACUGUGACUUGUUUUUGGCUACAACUAAUUCCUUUGCCUCUGUACAGUUCAGUUUUUACAUUCCUGCUGUUUUUUUGGUAACUAUUAUUUGUGCAUUAUAUGUUUUUUAAUGAAAUUCAAGGAAGGCCACACUUUAAUUUCAGUAAAAUUAAUGCAAUGCAAGUGGUUGCCACACUGUUUUAGUUUCUGAAGUAAAAUGAUCCGAGUUGACACGUUCUACCCCCUUGGCCAAAGUGAGUGUGAUUAUUGAAUCGCCAGUUAUUGGGUAUAAUUAAACUUUUCACUGGGUAAUGAUAUGUUCAACUUGUGUAAUUUGUCA